GAUUACGCCAUUUUCUUUCCUUCCCAAACCUUUUUCUCCAAGCUCUAAUUCUUGGUCUUUCUGUUUUGUUAUCUUCCCAGAAGACAAACAUGUUCAAUGAUCAAACACUUUCUUCUUCACAUGAUCAAGAACAAGGCGAUGAUGAUGAUGAAAACAUUAGAGAAAUCCAUGCUCUAACCUCCCCACUUCCAGCACCACCCUACCGCCCUCACCGUGAGCCCUGGGAAAGCACCAGCCACCGAUCCUCAUCCCUCUCAGUAACCAGCACCGAAAGUGAAAACUUCACCACCAUGAGCAGAGAGUUUAAUGCCCUGGUCUUGGCCGGAACUGGCAUAAACGGAAGCGAAAUCAGCGAGGGAGUGAACAGUAUGAACACCAACAAUGGAAGCAGUAAUCUGGAAAGGAUUGGUGAGGAAGAUAUGAGAGAAACUAAUCCGUUAGCGAUGGUGCCAGAUAAUAAUCCUAUGGAGUCGCCGACUAGACCACAGGGUGGCACAAGUUCCAUGAUCACCGCCGGUGGAAACCAUAGCGAGGUGUCCGUUCAGAGGGUGAAGAAAGAUGAGGUCGAAUCGAAGAUAUCCGCUUGGCAAAACGCCAAGAUCUCAAAGAUCAAUAAUCGAUUCAAACGUGAUGAUGCGAUCAUCAACGGGUGGGAGAAUGAACAGGUUCAGAAAUCCAGUUUGUGGAUGAAGAAAGUUGAGAGAAAACUGGAGGAGAAACGAGCAAGGGCAAUGGAGAAAAUGCAGAAUGACAUAGCAAAAGCUCGAAGGAAAGCAGAAGAAAGGAGAGCGACUGCAGAGGCAAAGAGAGGGACAAAAGAGGCAAGGAUCUUGGAAGUGGCCAAUUUGAUGAGGGCUGUUGGUCGAGCUCCUGCCAAACAUUCCUUCUUUUAAGGCCUAUCGCACGACAAUUAUAUAUAAUAAUUAAGCAUGCAUGCACCCGAGCCAUGUAAGUUUUUUGGAGUGAAGAGUACCCAAAAGGCUAGGUGACAUUUCUGAGGUGUUGUACCAAAGAUACACGAAUUUUUAGGUGCAAUGUUUGUAUGUUUUUGAUGAACAAAGACAAGAGUAGUGAG